AGAAGAAGAAGAAGAAGAAGAUGAUUGAUUUUGGGGAUGAAGUAACAAUUGAAAGCUACAGAAUUGGAUGGCUGAUAUGGAUCCAAAUACUUGUCCUUCUACUUCUCAUCAUUCUUCUUUAUGGCUUCACUCUCUUUGUUUUGGAUCUCCCCCCCAAGUCUCUUCGUCGUCUUCAUCUUUCCCUGAUUUCCAGUUGGGCAUAAUACCCCAAACUACAGCACUUGCUUGCCAGGUUGGAGAAAAGCAGAGCCUAAAGGGAGAGAGAGGCGCAACAAGCACAAGGAUAGUAAAUGGGGGAGGAGAAGAGAGUGUGGAAAUGGAGGGAUGUUUGAAGAAGAAGGAAGAAGAUGAGGAGAGUUUACAUCAUCCAUGCUACUAUUUCAGGCUUGCUAAACUAGCUUUUCUCAGGUGUUUGGGUCUUGAUUUCUUAUGUUCUGAUAAUACUUCAAUUACUUAA